GUUCUCCGACAUUGGGUGAGAUAUUCAACCCAGCUCGAGAUUGUACUGAUAUUGUUGAUCAAUUACCCGAAGCUGAGGAUGGAUUUUACCGCAUUGUUCUGCCCAAAGGAACGAAGCAGAAGGUAUGUCUUCGGAUUAUGUCAUGUCUACCAAUUAGCCUUCUCCACUGGCCUUCUCAUGCCAUGCGACCAGGCCUUUUGGCAAACCAGGUUUUAGGAGAGAGUGACUUUAGUGAAGUAAAAACGCAGUACGAGGAUAUGAAGUGAAACGUUUCUGGCAAGGACAAAAGUGCCUUUUCAAAUAAAUAGAACAAAAAUGUACAUUCGCUAACAACGAUAAUACUAUACAAGGUAAAUGGUGUGUUUAAUGGACAACUUGCAUGUUAGACUAAAUUUCGAUCUAAGUAAAAGGAAGGUAAUCAAACACCACAGCUAAAAAGAACAUAACAAAAUUAGUAAAAUUGCAAAAUUUGGUUGCGAAAUGUUGUAAAGCUUGGUGAAAAUAUAGUCUUGCAAAUUUUGCAAUUUUACUAAUUUCAAUAAGUUCUUUACGGGAAUUUACUUUUUUUUGCCUAGAUAAAAUUGUCUAACAUGCAAGUUGUCUAUUAGUUGAACGGUUUUGUAGAUGGGAAUUAUCGAGUGUGAAUGUUAUAUGCAUUUAUUAGACCUCCCAAGGAACAGCUGCAAAAAAUUCAACAAAAGGUCCCUGGCAGGAAUCGAACCUGUUGCCCUGCCAUUCCAGUGCAGCGCUCUAACCAACUGAGCUACAACUGUUUAAUUAGUUUAAACCUCGAAAUUGUUUAGCGAAUCCUUCAUAGAGAAUGCCGGAAACGAGGUCAUCCCAGCUUAAUAAAUGUAACAAUUUUACCCAGACACUUAAUUCUAAUAAUUUAGAGAUGCUAUUAGAAAUACAUGCGUGCAGCAAUCCUCGCCUACAUUUUCCAAACAUUGAUUUAACAUGAAGUAUUAGUAAUUGACCAACGCCGAACGCAGGCUUGCAUUGUGUCGUGUGUUACCAUAGCAACACGAAUAAUCCCCAAAAUGCAUGGUAUUUGUCUCUUUUAGUCACCUAGCUUGAAAACGUUUUGAAAGCUCGCGCGUGAAAAUCUUUCACGUUCGCGUGCAUAUACGAGUCUAAUUUGUUUAUUAUUUAUGACAAGCAAGCACGACUAAGUUCACAUAUGUAACACAAAAAUUAUUUGGGAUAGAUUUGGUGUGACGUACAUACAGAUGGUGGUGGAUUUGCGUUGGUUGGAAUGAAGGAUAGUCCUGUAUCAUGGACAGUACCUUCUAAUUCUACCCCUGUUGAUCCUCAAGGACCCCCACAUUGGUCCAGUGAUCUUGGUGAUGUCAAAGUUAUGGACUUUAGAGUUCAAUUUUCAACUGAUAAAGGUUUUGAAGGAACAAAGGCAGAUUGGUAAGAAAGCUUUGGUGAGAAGAAUAUUUCCGUAAAACUUUCAUUGAGAAAGUUCCGGGAAACAUAAACGAAUCUUAUUGUGAUUACACCUUUUAAGCCUUAGACAACAGAGAAGAUGAGUUUUCGAAUAGAUUUGUUUAAGAUGCAAUGGAUGCACUUCUAAAUUCGAUUUGCUUUCCACUCCUCGUAUAUGAAAAGACCUGUAAACUGUAGGAGGAGAGACUCGUACGAGUGUUGUGUCAAGAAAAAAUACAAUGCCAAAAAAUAAAACAUGUGGCAAACGCCAAAACAAAAGAAAUUUUGAUUUAAGUUUUGGCCUUUGACAGUAAAUUAAGUUGUUGUGCCUUUCAAAUGAGACGGAAAAUUAUUUGCUUCAGCAUAACUUUCACGUAUACUAUUAUUACGUAUAAUAUAUGGUUUCACGUCCAAUUUGGGAACACAAGCACUCGUGAGUCUUGAUUGUCUUUGCCAAAGACUCAUUUGUAUGUUUUUAUCCAAAUUGCACUCAAAACCAUAGUCCAUACUAUUACCUAUGUAUACUAAGCAUAAAAAUUCUUUUUAUUCAGGUUUUAUCGACUAAAUUCGCAAAGGGAUUUCGGAGAUAUUUUUUCUGUGAACAAAGGAUGUCCGGAUCUGCAAGCUGGAAUUGGAAACAUCGAGUUUGUCAAGGAUCUCUCGACUCAAUCUGUCCUUACCAAUAACUUCAAGUGCUCAAAGUUUGGACCACAUACACAUCAUAUGUUGGGAUGGGUAUACAGCUGAUUUUAAAAAAUAUAGUAUAUAUAUAUAUGUAAUCUUGUACAGAAAUCGUAUAUGGAAAUCUGUUUUUGGUAUUGCUAUUGUACUGGAAUAUCUAUAAGCUCAACGUUUUAUGCUUUCUAAAUCGCACUUCUUUGUAAAAAGUAAUUACUUUAUCAUUUCAGGGAAAAAUGAAUUAUUGUCUUCGAAAUCCGUGCAAGAAUGGAUAUGCAAUAUUAGAUGUUAUUAACCUUCAAUACGAUAAUUUUGGAGCAUACAGGUAUUGGAUCAUGGAGUUUUGAUUGUCGUCAAUAAGGUCCAUUACCUACAAGAAAACAACAUUAAAACUGUUCCAUUUUGCGUAGGCGUUACCUAAUUUUGUAAUUUUCUUCAGCUAUAGCGCAGUGUCUUCAUUCUCUGGAAUGAAUCAUAAUUCCACAGCUUUUGUUGGAUGUGAUCAUGGCAAGGUAUGUUAUUAUAUGUAUAAAUUUCAAAACAUGUUCACGCUUUAAGACAACACGCUUUGUUAUUUUUUAAACACUGUUCACGAUAAUUUGAUCAUGAUCUAUUUAUAUACUAUAUACUAUAUAGUCUUAAAUUUUAUUGCAUGUCCAAUAUGCUGACAGAACUAGAGUUGCAUUCCUCCAUAUUUUGUAGUGUUGUGCAUGUUUUGGGCCUAAAGGUGGAAGACAAAACUACUGUGGUCCUAAAUGUACAGCAAUUAACGGUGGAACUGUAACGACGAAUGCUUCCGUUUGGUUUUGGGUUCGAACCAGAAUGCCUGAACGUCUGUGGAAAAGAUGUAUGGAAUUUGUGGUGAAAAACUCCGCAGGCAAACUUGAAAAACAUUUCAUUGAUCCACAAACAGGCAUUGCACAUAAGGUGGGGAUAUUAUUAAAAGUUAAGAUGACACUAUUGUGAUUAAUGGAAACAGGCACAAUACCACCAGAAGCAACAGCAGCGACAACAACAACAACAACAACAACAACAACAACAACAACAACAACAACAACAACAACAACAACAACAACAACAACAACGACAACGACAACGGAAAAAACAACAACGAUAAAAAUAAAGAUAACGCCAAUGAAAAUGACAAUGACAGUCAGAAAGACAACACGAAAAACAACAACAAGAAAAACAACAACAACAACAACAACAAUUACAAAUUAAAUUUAACCAGCAAUUUGUUUUUUUUUAGGGUUCCUGCUCAGGAAAACGUAAAUCAUUUUUAAACGAAGGUGUAAGUAGAAUAUUUCAGGCAAAAAUUUAUAUCACCGUUCACAUCAUAUCUGAACUUCUAACCCAUUCUCUCAGACGGACUUCUGACGCCCGACCUCUGCUCAAGAAUCGGAUAUUUUUUUAAUUGAUGUUAUAGAGGAGUACUUAAUUUGAAAGAAAGCAUUUCUUUGCUUUAUUCUAGACAUUGACAGUAUCAGACAAGGAAAGUUUUGACAAGAUUCCAGAUGUUCCAGGUCUUCUCUCAUAUCGUAAAGAUGAUAAACAACUUUAUGUCAAUCAAGGAUCAAAGUGGCAAGCAUUAAGUACUGAACAAGAGGUUAGUUUAAAUGGGAAUAUAACAUCGCUUGCACUGUUGAACUACAUCAUUACAUUAUGUAGCUGAAAUUAAUGAGUCAGUCUAGAAUAUACUAUACGAGUAUGACACACAAUGCAGUAUACACCGAAUACACGAGGAUAUUUUUAGCUUACAAUUUUAAGACGUAUUUAGCUGAAGAAAUCGGAGGCGAGCUGAGUUCAACAUAUUUUCAACGUAAAUUCAUGCAAAAAAGAAAGGUUUAUUUCCUUUCCUAAAGUAUUCUCUAUAAAAAAAACAACAUGCGUAUCGUGCCUGAAUGUAGCACGGUUAUUAAAGACAACAACACAAUUACUCCUAGUCAAAUUCAAUAUGGCGGAUUUACAUGAUUCGUCCUUUUAAUCAGGCAUUCGACAUUUAGUAUAUACACACGCAUCGCUGAAGAUUAAAUCUAUUGUAGUUUGAGCAAACCAAGAAACAAAUCCAAAGUCAAGAAAAGAAAAUUCAAAGUCUAGAAAAUGAAGCCAACAUUCAAGAAAUGAAACUUCAAAAUCAAGAAAAGAAUAUUCUAAAUCAAAAGAACAAAACUAACAUUCAAGAAAAGAAAAUUCGAAAUCAAGACAACAUAAUUCAAAUUCAAGGAAAGAAAAUUCAAGGUCAAGUUAAUAAAAUCAACAUUCAAGAAAACAAACUUCAAAGUCAAGAAAAGAAAAUCCAAAGUCAAGGAAAAAGGAUUAGAAAGCUAGAAAAAGAAAAUCAAGGUAACAAAAUAAAAGGAUAACAAAAAUGGUUAAGGUUAUAGAAAAUCAAACGUCCUAAAAGAAAAGUUAAAUAUACAUCUCUCGUUUGCAACAAUUCUUAAAAUAAUUAAAAUUGAAUUAGUUACGAUACGGUUAUUAAAUUUUAUAACAGUAGUGAGAAUGUUUGUUAUUAUUAAUGACACCGAAAGGUAAAGUAUAAAGAUUUCAAAACAAAAACGAAAAAUUGUUGUUUCAUAAAUAUUAUGAACCGCGCUAAUAUGUCACAUGUACAUUCUCCAGCUUGUUCAGUAUUACGAAAAAAACGUUCAUCAUCAACUAGCAGAAUGUAUAAUUUAAAUCCCGAUGGAUUCAGUUCGAUACAUCAACUCUUUUCAAAGCUCCACGGCACCACUACAUCUACCCUGAUGGAGCCAGAAGAGUAUUAAGCUUGCGUGUCUCAUGAAUUAUUUUUGAUGCUGGACCGCUGGAGAAUUUGUGAAAACUAUACCCGUUGAAACUGUUGUGGAAACAAUACGUGCAACAUCGUGUACAAGAGAUACGCAGCCUGACCCAGGGUGGAGUGUGGAGACAUUGUCCAGAACAGUUGAUCCUGCUGACGUACCAUCGAGAGGGAUUAGUGGGGCUGACCUUGUGAAUAACUGUUUGUGGUGGUCUGGUCCAGAAUUCCUUCGGAAGACCAAUGGCCAGUGAGUCCGGUAAUCGAUAAUGGCAACGCGUUUGACGAGCUGGUGACACAUCUAACCCCGACAACGUUCGUGAUGAUCAAUCAGAAUGGAUUGAAAAGAAGUGCGGGUAUUUGUGAAAUCAUUGACUGAGAACGAUUUAGCAACCUGGACUCCUUCCUUCGAGUAACGGCAUAUGUAUUUCGGGCAAUCAAGUACUUCAAACAACAAGGCAAGGAUAAAUCGAGUCGAUCGACAUGCAUACAAGUGGAGUUGACAGCCGAAGAAAUCAAUGAAGCAGAAAUCUGCUGGAUCAAAUCGGUUCAAACGACGGAAUUCAACAAGGAACUCGCGUACCUCGAGGGAAACCAACAAUCGAGUACACCGUCACUCGUUCCUCAACUAGGACUAUUUCUAUAUUACCGAUUCUAUCUAAACUCCUCGAACGACAUGUUGCCAACUCAUAUGUAAAAUUCCUCACAGAAAAUGAUAUUCUAUCAAGUUGCCAGCAUGGUUUUCGAGCCCAUCACUCUUGUGAAUCUACUCUAAUAUUGAUCUGUGAACACUUUCUCGAUAACAUUGAGCAAGGUUUAAUUAAUAGUAUAGCUCUAAUUGACCUCUCCAAAGCGUUUGACCUGGUCGAUCAUAGAUUGCUACUGCAGAAAUUAGAACAAUAUGGCAUUACUCCAAUAGUUUUAAAAUGGUUUAAAUCGUAUCUAAAUGAUCGUUACCAAGUAGUACAAAUUGCAUCAUCCCUAUCCAACCCAGCUCUGAUAAAGUCUGGUGUGCCUCAAGGAUCUAUACUAGGACCAAUUCUCUUUCUUAUCUUUAUUAACGAUUUACCCAGUUACGUUGGAAGUUCGAAGCCUUUUUUAUUUGCCGAUGACUCUACACUAAUAUCCUCCGGAUCGGACCUUCACGAACUUAGUGUCUCUCUAAAGUCAGAUAUGACCUCAGUGUCCCGUUGGACUAACCAUAACAAAAUGUUUCUUAAUCCUGGCAAGACAAAAAUAAUGAAAAUAUAUUCCCAAUCUAAAUUCCCUGAUCUUAGUCCAAUAACCAUUGAAGUCAAUAACAAUAAUGUUAAGGAGAUUACAUCCGCCAUUUUACUUGGAGUUACAUUAGACCAACAUCUGAAAUGGGAUAAGCAAAUUAAUACCAUCUACAAUAUAAUCAAUUCCAGACUUUACCUGCUCAAACGUAUACGUAGCUAUCUCACUUUUCAAUCCCGUAUUCAAUUAUAUUACGCACUAAUCUACCCACACUUGCUAUAUUGUAGCACAGUCUGGGGCAAUGCUAAUAACGAUCUAAUUACGUGCCUACUAAAACUACAGAAACGUGCUGCGAGACUAAUUCUUGAGCAGUCAACUGAAGUGCCUUCAAUUGUGCUUUUCCGUAAACUCAACUGGAUACCUAUUUUUAAUUUGAUCAAAAUGAGAAAAAUAUUUAUGGUAUUCAAUACUUUAAAAACAUCUUGGCCGCCGGAUCUUCGUAAAUUGUUUGUCUUUGUUCGCGACUCUCAUCCAAUUCCAACUAGAUCGUCUAUUACAGACUUAAAAGUUUCAUCAGUUAAGACUACGCAAGCAAAAUCCAAAGGUGCAAGUUUAUUUAAUUCUUUACCUUCCGAAUUAAAAAAUAUUGAAAUCACUCAAUUUAUUCCUAUAAAAAGAAGCUCAAAACCUACUUUAUUCAAUUGAAUUAUGAAGUAGAUCACGUUAUAAAUUCCGCUGCAUCGAUUGUAAGCAUAUUACUCAUUGUCAAUGUUACUCUCAAUAGGAUUUUCUUUUUAUAUAUUACUAUUAGAUAUCGAGGGCCAUUGGGAAGAAUACUAUAUUAAGUAAUCAAUGUAAUCCCUCAUUAAAUAAAGUUUUAUUAUUUUAUUAUUAUUAUUAUUAUUAUUAUAAUGGGAUCCUCAAGUGCAAGGGUCGAAUUGCACAUGCUGAUCUGCCUCAAUUGACUGAGACUCCUGUUUUGUUACCGACGAAACAUUAUUUUGUUCAGCUGGUCAUUCUCGCUGUUCAUGAAGGAGUGAAGCAUAGUGGGAUAAGAGAUACAUUGUCCACUAUCAGAGAAAGAUUUUGUAUUUUACGUGGGCGCGAGGCGAUAAAGAAAGUCAUAAGAAAGUGCGUGUUGUGCCGAAAGUUACAAGGAGAGUCGUUUCAACCCGAAAUUCGCCAGAUUUACCGGCUGAGAGAGUAUCCGAGGAUCCACCGUUUCACCACACAGGAAUGGAUUUUGCGGAAGUCGAAAGGAAGGCGAAAGUCGAACGGUUAAGUCUUAUGUAUGUCUGUUCACGUGCCAAUCUACGAUGGCAAUUCAUUUGGAACUUUUCCAAGUCUGGAUGUUCCGUUAUUUUUGCAAGCGUUUCGUAGGUUCUCUGGUCGGGGGAGGGGGAUUGCCAGCAACCUUGUUGUCCGAUAAUGCGAAGAAUUUCAAGUCAUCAAGCCAAGGAAGUAACCAAGAUUAUACGAUCUGAUGAAGUAAAGAGACACCUCGCAAACAAUAGAUUCACGUAGUACUUUAUAGUUGAGCGAGCUCCGUGGUGGGGAGGCUUUUGGGAGCGCUUCGUGAAGAGCGUCAAGAGUUGUCUGAAAAAUUGUCUAAUUGGAAAAGCAUCAUUAUCAUUUGAAGAGAUGAGAACAGUGUUGACAGAAGUUGAAGCGAUUGCUAAUGCGCGCCCUCUGACAUACCUAUACGACGACGAAGAGUCUGUUUCAUAUCCGCUGAGUCCUUCGUAUUUAAUAAAUGGUCGUCGAAUUACUACGACCCCGAACAGUGAACAGGACAUGUAAGCACCGUUUAUCACUACGCUCAAUUUUUGGUACGGCACGGAUAAAAUAGGUUCCCGUACCACUUUUGGUUCUUGCAUGGAAAACCAAAAAGUGGUACGGUACCAAAAAUUGAGCGUAGUGUAAACGGGGCUUAGCUAAAUAGGUAGUCCAAGAACCAAAAAAGUGGUACGGGUACCAAUUUUAUCUGUGCCGUACCAAAAAUUGAGCGUAGUGUAAACGGGCUGUAAUGUACAAAUAUAUGGGUUUUGAGUUUAGUUUACGACUUUAUUACAAUUAUCACCACUCGAAUCAGUCGAAUGCCCUCUAUAUACACUCUCCUUGGACCUUGACUUUUCAAGACUAAUAUUAGAUAGUUUCGAAUAUUUUGAACGAAACAAUACGCAAAAUGUACAAAUUUUAAUAUAUUCUUUUCCAAAAUACACAUAGUAAUUAUUGUAUUUUAUAAGACGUAUAAUAACAAAGUGAUUAUAAAAACGAUUUAUAAUACAGUAAAUUUACAUACACAUUUAGGCCACAUAAAAUAAAUUCCUUCAUUCUCAUCACUACACUUUGAAAAUGUCCAAGAGGCGGGAGGUUUAUUUUUUAUAUUUAUAUAAUUUAUAUAUCAAUAAAUAAAAAAAUAAUUCCGAUUUAUUCUAUGUGACCUUAUGGAUUUAUAAUACAGUAAAUUUACAUACUUUUUAUUCUCCAUAUUUAUAUGUGUAAUAACACGUGUUUCAAGUUUCGAAGAACUAAACAAGAAUCGGAGUUGUUCGGAAAUUACCGGAACAUUCGGAAAUGCUGGUGAAAAACAACUCGAAGUGUAACUCGAAUCCAACUCGAUGUUUCGGGAUUCCCGCUAAUUAGGUAACACCGAGUUGGAUUCGAGUUCGAGUUGGACUUCGAGUUGGACUUCGAGUUGAUUUUUCUUUACUCUUCGGGAAAAUUACAUUGUAAUUCACCCAAUUUUGCAAAAAAUAGGUCACAUGCGGCAUCUUUUUGGAAUUUGCUACUGCACGUUCAUUGUUCGAACCUUUUUUGCUGCGGAGCGAGCGAGUCUGAAGCGAAUUUACACAUAUGGGAAAAUUUUAUCUCAAACCAUUGUUUACCGUAGCUGUAGGCCUGCAUUGUGGUCGUCCGCGAUCGGAAAUGCGCAGUAAGCUUUUUGUCGGUUGUGUUUCCACAACACCUUGUGGUAAUUUUGAGUUACAUAUUACAGUUACAGAUAUUGCACAGGCCACUCCCUAUCAGGUUUUUUAGUGAUUGGCUACAUUAGGACGGGAACUGGCGUGAAGCAGACCGAGAACCUACAGAUGGCGGGUUUAAGCAGCUGCUAUUAGUCCAUACCUCAUUAAGGAUCUACCCCCUGAUCUGACAUGGUUUCUGCACAAUUUUGAAAUGUUAUAAUAAAAUCUUUUUACAGAGAUACCUCAUAUCAUGUACUUCAUUAUUUGUAUUCUUAAUUCGAAACAAAAGCACUCGUACCCUAAUUCAGUAUUAUAUAGUGGACAGUGAGACAACAAAAAAUACACAGUGAGAUAUUUUCCAGAUCUUCACUAGUGAAGAUAUCGAUCACGUGUUCAUUUUCUUUGUCAUGUUUACUAACGACUAUAUAAUAAAAAGAACAUUAAAUACAUGGUGACCUGAAGAUAUUAAUUUUAUCUUCUCAUGGUGAUAACAAUAUUUUUUACUCACUCGCUGCGCUUUUAUUCGUAAAAUAUUGUUUUCACCAUUCAAAGGUAAAAUUUAUAUCUUCGCACCGCCGUUAGUCUGCCUGAUCUCAGCUGACCCCCCCCCCCCGGAAUUGCGGAGAAACAUAGCAAACUGAUCUCAGCCGCAGGGGGGUCGGUUGAGGUCAGUAUAAGACGUGCAACAACGAAAGAACGAUUUAUAAUACGGUAAAUUUAACAUAAUAACACGUUUUUUCAAGUUUCGAAGAAGUAAACAAGAAUCGGAAUUGUUCAGAAAUUACCAAAACAUCGGAAAUGCCGGUGUACAAGUAACUCGAAGAUUAACUCGAAGAUUAACUCGAACUCGAAUCCAACUCGAUGUUUCGGGAUUCCCAGUCCGUAUAGUUACGAAGAAAAUAAAUUCACAUCAACAAAGAAGAAUGUUAAUUUUAAAUAAACAGUGUGUUUUAUUACAUUUGUUUCAUUUUAUGACUUUAUGUCAACAUUGUUCAAUUUGAAACUAGCAGCCAACUUUAGAGAGAAUAAAUAGUGAACAAAAGGAAAUAAAAUUGUUUUCAUUUCUUACAGACUGGCAUUUAAUAAUCAACCUGGCCCAAAAUAAGCCUGCAAGUCAAUCCGCAACGACACAUAAUGCUCCAGCAAGAAGAGCGGUUGAUGGUAACAAAAAUCCCAAUUUUGGUGAAUAUUCAUGUACGCACACACCGCUGACGAACUCCCCAUGGUGGCGAGUAGAUUUGCAAAAUGGGGUAGGUAUGAUUGAAAGCUGGGUUUUUUUAUAAUGACCAAGUGAGCAUAUGUACUAUUUACAACAUGAGCGCCGUGUUGUAUCGGAUGUUCAAGGGGAGAGUUUGUCAGUGGCGUAGCUCCUUUGGGCGCCGCCUGGUUCAAUCAAUUAGGGGGUGUUGGACAAGUAUGACAAAGUGGCGACGUUGAUUUAUUUCAGCAAUUUUGUAUCUUUUUGACGUAACCGCCCUACUUCGUCACUUUGAAUGGGCAGGACCAGGGACCCUAUUCCAGUUAAAGCCGGGGUCCCUCUUUAGCACAAAGGAUAUAACCAUGGAUUGUAAAAUAGCUGGAUAGGAAACUUCCUGACAUCACAGUCUAAACCUAGUUGCAAUCUGUGACGUCACGCGCAUUGCCAAAGUUCUCAGCAUUUUUGUUGUUUCGCUAUAUUUUCCGCUUUAAAAGAGUAAUAUUGAAGCAUACACUGGUCUAUUUGUUUUAAAAAAAUGCCUAAGCCACGACAAAGUAUUCAAGGUAUAAAUGUUUUUCGUCUUUGUUUUGUAUUUUUUUACAUUUGUAGCUACAGUACGAAAUUGGCGUAGCCAAUUUUAACGAAAUUUGCGAUGCAUUUUUCACGGUUUAGUGCUUGAAAUAUUUGCUAAAAUUGACUGGGAAUACUUAGAGAUUUCAUCGUAGAAUAGCGUAGUUAUAUUUAUUCGCUUUUUGACUAAAAUGUUUAGCUGUAUUAUUGCUAAACAUGCCGUUUUUGAGAAUUUGGUUUGCAACUAGGUUUGAACAUCCAACCACACCAUCAGCCCAUUGAAAACAUUAGGUCACGUCGGCUAGUUUCCUAUCCAUUUAUUUACAACAUGGACGUGAAUGUUGUAAAUGGCUUAUGAAAUGUCUCGAUGAGAACGUUCGUAUUAUUCAACAUUUUAAAAUAAAUUAAUGAUAUUCGGUGACAAAAUUGAACUUAAAGUUUAUGUAAAUCAGCAUAAUUCUGUAUCAGAUAUGCGGGGUGUCUAAAUAAAAGUGAACUUUAGAAAUUCACCUUUGUUAUAAUUUGAAUGCCCAAGUAAUAUUUUAUACUUGGGAAGUUAUUUCAAAGUUUUUGGUAUCGCUCAAUAUAUGAAUAUGAUUAUGUCAGUGGCGUAACUACUAUGGGUUCAGACCGGGCGAACCCGGGGGCCCCCAACCACAAUGGGCCAAAUGGGGCCCCCGGGCUGUAGAGCAAAAACAUUGGCCGGGAAAGCCUCCGAUAUGUUACAAUGUCGUCUUCUGACCAUCAGAAUCGUGUAAAAUCUGUCCCCGAAGUCCAGGAAAUGUCACUAUUUCAGAGACUCUAUAGAUUAAAACAUUUUCCGGGUGAGCAUGCCCUGGGCCCCAAAGAAAACUCGUAAAUAUACGGCGCUCGACUCGUGCCUUUGGCACCUCUCCUAAUCCUAGGGAGGCCUUCGAAAAUUUUGAACCGGGGGCCCCUGAUAUAACGUUACGCCACUGGAUUAUGUGCUGAUGAAUUUAACGCAGCGCGUAAAACAGUAAAAACUCUUUGCUCAUUGAAACAUUCUUAAUCGAACUGACAGGACCAUUUUCGAAGUCGUUUUAACUUGAAAUUAAAAUUUUCAUGUACAAUUUAUGGAGUUUUAACAUGCUCGUAUACGAUUACAAUGCAUUCUAAACUCCCAGAGGUAAAGUUAAAAACAUCUUUCAAGUCAAGUAGGUACAACUGAAGUAUUUUAGUCUUGAGUCGGGUCGACAAUUUUAGGGUUAUACGAGACAAAACUUAGGGCCUGUUCACUGAUAUGAGCCGCCGUCAUUAGCGAACUUAAGGCUUAACCUAGUACGGAGACCUUUGCCUCGUACCCAGGCGCUAUGUGUUGUUCUAUGGCUUGCAAUUAUAUUAAUUGAAUUGUAACUAGGGACCUUAAAUAAAAGCCUUAUUGUUUCUAGAAGGUUCCUAGCCCUACUAUUGUAAAUACUUUUUAUUUAAAUUGUUAAUUUUAUAAACUGAUUUGGGCGAAUAUUAAAUAAAUAAAAUAAAAUAAAAUAAACUAUUUGAUAAUUUCAGGUUAUUCAGUUGUAACGUUUUAA